AAUGGCGGAAAAAUCAAAACAAAAUUUUGAAAGUACAAUUCACUGAAUUUGGUAUUUGCCGUGAAUUACAGUGUCAUGGUUUUUGCAACGAUUAUAAACUGCAAUCAUGAAUGACUUGAUGCGUGAAAUUGCUCUUAUAGAAGAAGAGAACGCCGCCCUUACACGGAGAGUAGCCGCUGUAAGGAAAUCUCCAGAGGUUUUGGAGGUAGAUCUUUCAGAUCAACCAGAUAAUGAGUUGGGACCGUCAGUUGAUAUAAAUAUCUUGAAAGAAAAAUGUAAGCAAAUGAACGGUCAAUUACAUGCACUGAAGGAAACUGCAUUAUCAACACUACCUGACAAUCAAGACUUGCAGUAUAUCACUUUAAAAGAUGACAUCUUGAAAAGAAAUGCACAGUAUCGUGCAUGCGCUGCUUUCCUUAAUGUACAAAGAGAAGAAAUUAAUGAGGAUAUUGAAAAAGAAGAAAAAACAAAUGAAGAAUUAAAAGCAGUUUAUGCUGCUGCUGCAAUGAAACUAAAAGAAACUGUCCAUGAAAAACAUAAUAAAUCAGAAGUUAUUAGAAGACUGGAAUCAAAGUGCUCCAAAUUGGACAGGGCAAAUAGUAAAGGCUGGAAAGAAUUGAGUGCAUUUUUAGAUGAACAUUACCCACUACCUGACCAAGACGCAUUUAACAAGGUGAAGAAAAAGAUUCCUGUGAAUGAAUGUGAUGAUACACAACUGUUAAGAUUAGAGUCAUUAAAACCUCUAAAGGAUAUUGUUGACGAGCUGAUUAAAGCUUGUGUUGACACUCCAAAUUCUCCUUAUAUAGUAAUGGACCACAAAUAUUGGCCACCAUAUGUUGACUUGCUUCUUCAAGUUGACAUAGCUCUUAGCCAUCCAGAUGACUGUAUGCGUAUUAAGUUGAUGCCAUUUCAUUUGUGAUAAGUUUUUGUUGAAACGUUUACUAUGGAAAAGUAGACAGUGUUCAAUUGAACUUCAUUUAUGUUGACUAAAACAGAUUAUAUAUGUUACUCUUUAUUUGUU